AUGCCCAAGGAAGACUCGUUGCCGACUCGGAAGAAGAUGCGGAAGGGCACGCAUAGUUGCUUCGAAUGCCGCCGCCGCAAGAUCCGAUGCAUCUUCCAGUCCGAUAACCCAGAUGUCUGCUCCGAGUGCUUCGCCAGGGGCAGUCGAUGCAUCGACCAGGAGAAUGCAAGUCCAGAUGUCGUUGUCGACCACAGGAAGAACCUUCGCGAGAGGGUCUCGCGGUUAGAGGCCCUCGUUGAUUCUUUGUUGGAGGAGAAGAGUGUCAAAUCCGACAGCCCAAGUCACCGGAGCCAAGCAGAGACGAUGUCACCAAGAAACGUGUACACCAAGGACACCUUCCCGCCAACACCGCUGUCUUCCGAAGCUUCAUCCAACAUCCUCCAGGACAUUCAACGCGUGCCAGCAUCGAACAACGGACGUCACCAUAUCCCUAUCCUCUCAGUGUUUGAGGAUGCUCUCAACGAUGCCGAAGAGAAGAUCAAGGCACGCAUGGGACCACAACACAAGCCUUUGCUUCCACAACCGGACGAUGGAGCUGAUGAUAGAUAUACUGUCGUCAACAAACAUCCUGACGAUGUACCCGAAGAGUCACCAGCCACAUCAGCGAAGAGGGAGAGGGUGAAGCAGGCUCUCAUUGCUAUGCUACCUCCUUACGACCAGCUCACCAAGAUCCUCAACAGCAACAGCGACUGGUGGCAAACAUGGAGGCGGAAGUGCAGCGGUACAUCUGGCCCGGAGCAAACACUGCCACAAUUUGCUGCGCAAGCCUUGGCAAGUGGGAAUAUCGGAGCCAUCGGUACAGUUGUCCUGGCCGUUGGUAUUUGCUCUUCCGCCGAAGACGACGACGUGGAGCGAUAUAUCGAGACGGUCGAUCGAUGGGUCCUGUCGGAUGAUGAGUACGCCGCUAGUCUAGAAGGCAUGGAAUGCCUCAUUCUGAAGUCGAAAUGGUUCGCCGACGUAGGCCAACCGCGACGGGCGUGGAUCUGCUACCGCAAGGGGUUGAUGUACGCCCAGCUCAUGGGGCUCCACCGCAAACGUACUGCAUCGGUGGCUCACGAGACCAUCUGGUGGGGUCUUUACCAUGGCGAUCGCUUCCUGUCUCUUCUGCUUGGUCUGCCGUACGGCAUCAGCGACUCGCACUGCGAUCUCAGUAUGCCCGACUUUGGCGGGGAGUUUAUGCACCCCCUGGUAUUCAUCAACAACGUGUCCAAGCUGGCAGGACGCGUCAUCGACCGCAACCAAGGUACGGCUGAGCAGUCGUUUGCCUGGGCACUGCAGCUCGACCAAGAGCUCGAGACGCUCUGGAAGAAGGUCGAUCCCACCUGGCUGGACUUCUCCGAGCUCCUCGCGACGCCCGAAUCGAACGCUGCUGAGCUCCGGGAGCGUAUCAUGGCGCAGAUGGUCUACCACCAGAUCCGUGUCUAUCUCCACCUCCCCUUUAUGCUCAAGUCGGCGACAAACUCGCGCUUCACCUACUCACGCACCGCCUGUCUCAACGGCUCGCGUGAGGUGUUGCGCCUGUACCAGGCCCUGCGGACCGGCACCGUGCAGCCCCUGUACGAAUGCAAGGCGGUCGACUUCAUCGGCUUCACCUCUGCCGUGCUCAUCCAAAUCGGACUGUUCAACUUCGCAGCGGUCGUGCAAGACGCCAAGAGCAUGCAGGAGCUCGAGGGCGACGUCCGCCUGAUCGAGAUCAGCAUCGACAUCUUCCGGCGCGCGUCGAGCGAAAAGGGCGGCAAAGUGGCGCUCCAGUCGGCCGAGGUGCUUGAGAAGAUGCAAGCCAAAUUCAAAAGCGGAUGUACGCCGACCAACGGCCCCUGCGACGACGGCGAAUGCGACGACAUGGUCAUCCCGUACUUUGGCACCAUCUCGAUCCGGCGCGGGGGGCGCACGCUCAAGGGCCCGCUGCCACCACUUCCCUCGCUAUCGCCGGGAGGCUCGGUGUCCGGGCGCAGCGCCAGCACAGGACAGGCGCUGUACACGCCGACGAGCGAGACGGGCGGGCUGAGCGGCGCGAGUCUGUUUCCGCAGCAGGCACCGGCGUCGAUGAACCUGACGCCCCAAUCCACCCUCUCGCCGCCGACGCACACGCCGUCGACGUUUGCAGCGCUGGACCCCUCGCCGUUUGUUGCGUACGACGGCUUCUACAACUGGACGACGCUCAACGCCGAGGAUUCCCCUUCGACGACGACGACGACAGCCGGAGGAGGAGGAAGAGUCCUUCCGAAACUAGGCUCCAGCUCUGGUGGAAACGUACAGACGCAAAUCAACGACGACAGCAUGAGCAACUUCCCGCUGCCGACCAACAACUUCAGCUGGCAGCACAUGCCCAUGGACAUUGACCAGGACUGGAGCUGGUUCCUCAACGACAACCAGACGCAGGGUGUCGGCGUGGGCAGCGCCUUGCCUGUGGGACAGGGCACCAUGGAUGCCUUUCCUACCGGCUUUACCGGUUUUGGAUGA